GCCGCAGCCCCUACACCAACAACCACGCAACAAAUAGCCAUCAUGGAUCUCAAUGAAAUACAGAAUGUUACUACGCGCUUCUUCACCGAUGCCAAUGCGCAAUUCAAUCGCAUACCAGGGUCCGCUAUCGCCGUCCGCUACAUCAAGUCGAGUUACCAGAACGACCCCGUUCGCAGCGCAAUAGAGUUAUUCUUGUUCCUCUUUGCGGUGCGCUACUUGCUCGCACCCAAAUACAGCACCCAGAAGAAAGUGCAGCUCACCGAUGCCGAGAUUGAUGAACUGGUCGAAGACUGGACCCCAGAACCGCUUGUUGCACCGACUACUGCGCUCGAGGAGUUGGACAACGAGAAGCGGCCCAUCAUUGUUGGCCCUACCGGUCCCAAGUCGAAGCUCUCCAACGGCCGAACCGUAACGAAUCUUGCCUCAUACAACUUCUACAACUUCCUUUCCAACGAUGUCCUAAAAGACAAGGCCAUUCAGACCCUGCGGACUUACGGCGUUGGCCCCUGUGGCCCCCCCGGCUUCUAUGGUACACAGGACGUCCACAUGAAGACCGAAGCCGAUGUCGCUGCACAUCUCGGUGUCCCUGCCUGCAUCAUUUACGCACAAUCCUUCUCGACUAUAAGCAGUGUUAUUCCCAGUUUCAGCAAGAGAGGAGACAUCAUCGUGGCAGACCGCGCGCUCAACUUUGCUGCAAGGAAGGGCAUUCAAAUCAGCCGCAGUACCGUCAGGUGGUUUGAACACAAUGACAUGGAGGAUCUGGAAAACGUACUCAAGAAGGUUGUCAAAGAGCAGGCCAAGAAGCCGCUCACCAGACGCUUCAUCAUUACUGAGGGCCUAUUUGAGAACAUUGGGGAUGUGGUGAACCUGCCCAAGAUUGUCGAACUCAAGCUCAAAUACAAAUUCCGACUGAUCCUCGACGAAACCUGGUCCUACGGCGUCCUCGGCCGCACCGGCGGCGGUGUCACCGAAGCGCAAAAUGUCGAUGCUGCAGAAGUAGAUAUGAUUAUCGGUUCGCUAUCCGGCCCUCUCUGUGCGGCAGGAGGUUUCUGCGCUGGCAAUGAGGAAGUCGUUGAGCAUCAGCGUAUUUCCUCGGCGUCUUAUACCUACUCGGCUGCCCUCCCUGCUUUGCUGAGUACAACUGCCAGUGAGACUAUCAGCUUAUUGCAACAACAACCGGAUAUUUUGGCAGGACUCAGGGAGAAUGUGAAAGCCAUGAGGGGGCAGUUGGACCCCAGGAGCGACUGGGUCCGAUGUAGUAGUUCGGGUGACAACCCGAUCAUGCUACUUGUUCUGAAAGACGAAGUCAUUGACAACAAGAAGUUGAGUAUCGAAGACCAAAAUCAGAUAUUUAGGGAAGUUGUCGAUGAGUGUCUCGCGAACGGCGUUCUCAUAACACGACUCAAGUCUUUCCCUCUUGGUCUUGGACUAAACCCCCGAGACGCAGGCUGGCAACCUACGCCUGCACUCAAAGUAUGUGUGACCAGCGGCCUGACAAAGAAGGAGACAGAGAAGGCUGGCACCAUCAUAAGGCAUGCCAUCACCAAGAUGGUGAGCAGGCGGAAGUAGAGUCUCAACCAUUGGCCAUCAUCACGACGAGGGCGGUGUAUUAGACUUCGAGCAUUCCAUGAUGACCAGUGUUGAUGCAUGAUAUACUUCUUGUAAAAUUUUGUUGCUAUAUAGACAUACUCGUAAUGCAUAAUAUCUGAACUGCUGCAACUCCAUCGGUAUAUAUCCUAAAGCAACUGCACGGUGUGCUGCCGACAAGCACGACACUCUUUCGAGGCUACGAACAAGUCCGACUAGACGCGCAACUCGCUCAACCUGAUAGACGAGCGAAGCCUACAUUGCCGGGCAUGACUGCCGAUAUCAAAUAGCCAACAUUGAAAUUGUCGCCCAUGGCAAAUCACGGGGCUGAGGCGGGCUGUGCAGAGCAACG